AUGGGAACGAGAACAGCUUCUUCUGCUGUUGCUGAUGCAUCACCGAGAGGACCUGGUCGCACUCAGUCUACACGGUCUUCUCGUUCCAGUCGGGCUCCAGCUCCCUCUUUUCCUCCCUCGUCCUCCGCUUCAGCGGCCCCAGCAGCGCCUGCACCAGCCACGCCCACUGGAACAGGUGCCAACUACACCCAAUCUCACACCCGCCAGUUAUCACACUCACAUUCUCAAUCUCGCUCCCAAUCCCAAUCCCAGUCCCAAGCCUACGCCUCCCGCUCUCAAUCCCAUUCCCACUCUCACUCCCGCUCUGGCUCAAACGCCGCCAACUCACAUCUCCCCCCUCAUCAUAGCCAUCAUCAGCGUACUACCUCAUCUUCACGUCCUCACCAGUCGCAACCUGUACCGCAAAAUGACUACGAAUCCUCACGCCUAGCCGCAUCCGCAAACCAUCAAAGAAGCUCGAGCAAGGAACGACCACCCCCGGCCAGGGGCCCCGAUUCCUCGCGGGCCCAUCGACGGAGCUCUUCUCGCUCAAAGAACAACCACCACAGCCCUCAUCCCGAAAUGCCUCCUUCCGCCAACCCUCCCAGUAAUGGCGCUGGCAAUGGAACUGCUUCUCAGCAGCAUGGCCAUGCCGACGCGCCACCUCGAACUUCAACAUCUAAACACGCGAGAUCACGCACCGUUAUCCCAACUCAAUCUGGAAAAUGGAUGCUAGGCAAGACCAUUGGCGCCGGCAGCAUGGGCAAGGUUAAGCUCGCCCGAAAGGAGGACGGCAGCGAACAGGUCGCCUGCAAAAUUAUCCCUCGUGGUUCGACCGACGAUGGCCACCAAUCUCGUGCCGACAAGGAACGCGCCGAUCAAUCCAAGGAAAUCCGAACUGCCCGCGAAGCGGCUAUCAGCACCCUCCUGAAUCACCCCCACAUCUGCGCCCUUCACGAUGUGGUUCGUACCAACCACCAUUGGUAUAUGCUUUUCGAAUACGUCAACGGCGGCCAGAUGCUCGACUACAUCAUCUCGCAUGGAAAGCUCAAAGAGAAGCAAGCCCGGAAGUUUAGUCGGCAGAUCGCAAGUGCUCUGGAUUAUUUGCAUAGAAAUAGCAUCGUCCACCGAGAUCUCAAGAUUGAGAACAUACUUAUUAGCAAGACGGGCGACAUUAAGAUUAUCGAUUUUGGGCUAAGUAACCUCUUUGCUCCGCGCGGCCAUCUCAAGACUUUUUGCGGCAGCUUAUACUUUGCUGCUCCCGAAUUGCUGCAGGCCAGAGCUUAUACUGGUCCAGAAGUUGACGUAUGGAGUUUUGGCAUUGUUCUAUAUGUUUUAGUCUGUGGCAAGGUUCCGUUCGAUGACCAGAGCAUGCCCGCGCUCCAUGCCAAGAUCAAGAGAGGUCUUGUCGAUUAUCCCGCAUGGCUGUCAAGCGAGUGUAAACACCUUCUGUCCCGCAUGCUGGUGACGGACCCCAAGCAGCGAGCGACAAUGCAGGAGGUGAUGACGCAUCCAUGGAUGGCUAAAGGCUUUAACGGUCCCCCCGAUAACUACCUGCCCAUUCGCGAACCGUUGACGACGCCACUCGAGCCAGAAGUCAUUCUCGCUAUGCAAGGCUUUAACUUUGGUACACCCGAAAGUAUAAAUGCACAACUUACCAAAAUCAUCGAAUCAGAGGAGUAUCAACGCGCCGUUAAGCUCUAUCAACGAGAAAAGGAGCUCCCCCCUCCCGCCAAGGAUGCCGAAAAGAGGAGACCAUUCGGUUUUGACUUUUAUAAGCGCAGGAAUUCUGGUAAUAGUCGCGAUACUUUAUCAGCUCCUAGCUCUGAGGCACUGCAGAUCGGUAACGAUCCUAUGAACGCAUUUAGUCCUCUUGUAUCCAUAUACUACCUCGUUAAGGAGAAGCAGGAUCGUGACCAUGCUGAUAUGGUUCUGCCAGCAGCAGCUCAAACCCGUGACAAGGAGAAAGAGAAGGAAAAGGAGAGAGAGAAGGAGAGAGAGAAAGAGCGUGAGCGCGAGCGCGAGCGUGAACGUGAACGUGAACGUGAGAAGGACCGGGAGAGAGAAAAGGAGCGUGAGAUCCGUGAAAAGGAGAAGGCAAGGGAGGCAGAACCGAUGCCCGAGAUUGCGGCACCGCAAGCAGCCCACACCAACUCUGCCGCUUAUGAAAUGCCCGGCGAGAAACCUACUGGUGGACGAAGCAGACCUCGCGCGAGGACACAUGGCGAAGACGACAUGCCCGAGGUACCGAAACCUCCCCCUGCACCACCCGCCGAGCCAAGAGUUGAGCAACUUCAAAAGAAGGAGGGCACAGCAGCUGGUAUUCUGCGUAGGUUCAGUACACGCAAGCGUAGAGACCCUGAACGUCUAGACAAAGACCGAUCGCAUCCUCCUGUGGUGCAAGUCCAUUCACCAGCUGAACCUUCUCCGUUGGCACCCCGCAAGAGCUUCAGUAUCCGUCGUGGACGCCGCGAUAGAGAGGAUGCAUCGGAUUCGCAAAUCCGUUCCGCGAGUGGUCAGCAGCAUGGUGAGCUCCUUAGCCCACCAAUGUCUGCAGGUGGUUCAAGGGAGAACAGACGAGGAGGUGGCCUGGGUCGGUCGACUAGUGUCAAUUCGGCUGACCUGAGACGGCGAAAAGACCCCCCAGCAACGAGUGGUUCUGAUCAGAGUGUCGCAAAUGAAGAUUCCUCCAGCACACACCGUGCCCACGGUCACUCCCGGUCUGUGAGUCUGAGGGCCAAGUCUAUUGGACAUGCUAGGAGGGAAAGUAUUCAGCAGCGUCGCAUGAGAAGAGAGGCUGCUCAAGAGGCCAAUGUGCCUGAAGAAACAGACCAAGAACUAGAGCAGAGUGGUGUAUCCACAGACCGGCUAGACGACACAGAACUUGCCAAGCCAGUAUUCCUGAAAGGACUUUUCAGUGUAUCGACGACAUCUGGCAAGUCCGUCCCUGCGAUUCGAACCGAUAUCAAGCGAGUGUUGCGGCAGUUAAAUGUGGAGUAUACAGAGAUCAAAGGCGGCUUCAACUGUCGCCAUUCGCCCAGUAUCGACCUGAACAAGGUACAAGAUCCUCCCAUGAGUCCCGGCAUGACACCAGGCCACAAGCGACGAUUCAGUUUCGGCGGCCUUAUGCGGGGAGACGAUCGUGAGCGUGAGCGGGACGAGUUCCGCGACUCAGAACGACCUCCUACUACACCACGAACGCCAGGACGCUCUGAUCGAGACCGCAGCUUUUCCAACUCCGAGACCUCAUUCGACAGUAUUCCUGGCAGGAAUGGGGGUCCAUCAAGGCGAAUCCCUGGAGAAACGAGCACGCAAGUGCAGAGUGAUCUCGGAGGAAGCAUGGUGCUGGAGUUUGAGAUUUUUAUCGUAAAGGUCCCAUUGCUCUCAUUGCAUGGCAUUCAGUUCAAGCGAUUGACAGGCAAUACGUGGCAAUACAAGAGCAUGGCGGACCAUAUUCUUCGAGAGUUGAGGCUAUAA